AUGAAGAAAAGUAAAGCUCAUUUUCUUUGGCUCUUAUAUACACUAAGUGAUAAAUGCAAUGACACAAAGGCAAAAGAACUAUGCCAGAAUCUAGAUGCAAUGGAUUCUCAAGAAUUUUUAGGCUAUUUUUCCGAUAUCAAAACAUAUAUUUUACUAACGAACUAUAUUUUCGAUGUAAAUACAGAUGCUCCAAUCGACAUUCUGCAUAAUCACGGAUACUACAGGUAUGGCGAUGCAUCAAUAUUCGCGAAAUCCAAUUUUGACGAGAUCGCAUUUAUCAACUUAAUUGAAUGUUACAUGUGGGCAAGCUUAGACAGAAAGAUACCGACAAAUGUCCUUGUAAAGAAGGUUGGAAGAACCAAAGUUUUUUCACUAAAUGAUCCAGAAGCAAUAAUUUGUUCAUGGAUCAAUACAUGUUGCAGCACAUAUACAAAACUUAGACCAGUUACAUCUAUUUCGCAAUAUUUCAUCGGUUCUAAUCAGUUCAGGGCCCUUUUAUAUUCAUAUACUCGGGAUGAAUCAUUAUUGCAAUAUUCAGACCCUAAGACAAAUGCAGAAAUAUCUCUUCGUACAUGUUCUACAUAUGGAAUUAAGCAAACAUUUGAAUACGAAAAUUAUCAGCAAUCUCCAUUAGUAAUCAUGUGCUUCUUAGUUGAUGCCAUUGCCAAACUCGACAGUAUAAAGCCAUUACCACGCCCAAGAACCAUUUCUAGAAUGGACAUGCAAAGGAUCGAAAAAAAUAUAUCAGAUACAAAGAAAGAAGUUGAAUCCCUUAAAAUAAGAUGCGGAGUUCUCGCUAAUGAUGUCAAUCUUAUCGCUGCAAGAUUAGUUAGAAUGAAAAGACCUUCAACUUCAAUCAGCGCUGUUAAAUCAAAGCCACAACUUCCUGUUCAGAUGCAAUUCCCAGAUGGACCAGGACUUCCUCCAUUGCAUGAUCUUCAAUCUGAUAUUCCAGAUGACAGACCUAAAUCAGCUUUGCAUGUCAAAUGGGAGAUUCCUGUAGAGAUGCUUAGUAAUAGAGGUGGUGGUAAACUCAAAGAUCCACAAAGUUCUCCAGUUGAAUCAUUGUAA